AUAAACAGUGCAAAGAAUACAUUUUACAAAAUGAUGGUGUAAAACUGUUAACAGAUUGUUUAUCAAAUCACAAUGAGGAAGUUGUCCUUUCUGCUAUAACAACAUUAAUGUUCUUGGUCACACCAGCUUCAAAACCAGAAAUAACUGCACCUGAAAUAGUGGCAUGUAUGCAGCGAUUUUCAAGAUCUACAAAUUGUCGUCUCAGUAACUUAGCAACCAUUUUUAUGGAGGAUCAUUGUACUGAAUGGCAACGAAAACAUUGUGUGUCAACAAAACCGGUUGGAAUUCCUUUACCUGUUACCACGCCACCAGAAAAUGAAUAAUUGGGAAAAACCUAACACUAUUUAUGUUUAUGUUAAGUUUAAAUGCCUGACAGUAGUUAAAUUGAUAGUGUUGAAAAUAGUUUUUAAUAAAUAAAAGGAACAUAAUAUGGAA